AUGUCCUUCCACUAUCUUGAUAAUGUGCCCCGUUCUUUAUUUAUCAUGCUUGGUUUGAAUUCAAUCAGUCAGAAUGUUAGAUAAAGAGUAAAUACACUAAUUUUUUUCAAUAAGGGAAAAUAACUCAUAUUAUUAAAGAAAAGUUUUGCAAUUAAAUGAGAAUAAUCAGCUGAUGAUAAAGCCUAAUUUUUGCAACUGUAUAAAAAAAUAUUUGAAAGUCCUUACAGUUACAGCUAUUGUCGCCCUUCUUAAAACAGUUCACGCAUAACCAACAAAACGGUCUUCCAGUCUUCACCUUCCCUGCUUCCAUGCACCUAUGUUCUUCCUUCUUCGUCUUCCCCAUGAACACCGUCCUUGGCGUAUCCUUCUUCCUGCUCCUCUCCUUAUUCACAGAACCAGUCGUACCAUUCUCCCACACAGACCACUAUACUAAACCCUCCGACCUCUCUCUCCGGCGCCACCACCGUCCCCAAGAACACCUGGAGGUGACCUAUCCUCUACCCUCCGAACAAGCCACCCCAUCAUGCUCCCACCUUAUUCUGCGCCACUCCUUCGCCGAUACCAUCGAUUCCCCUCCCUUCUCCACACCCUACAUCCCUCCCUCUCACUGCCCUUCCCCUUGGUCCCGCGCUCUCCUCCGUUUCCAGGCCGAUUGUAAAGGAGAGCAGUACGACCGCAUCGCCGGCUUAUGGCUCGGCGGCGUCGAGCUCUUUCGCACCAGCACCGCCGAGCCCACGAAGGAUGGAGUCUUCUGGAAUGUUUGGAAGGAUGUCACCAGGUACUCCUCUCUCCUUACAAGGUCUGACCUGGAUCUCACGAUGAUGCUGGAAAACAUCGUUAAUCAUGAAUUCACUGGGAUUUACCAUGUCACCAUCACUCUUUCGCUCUUCAAAGGCCGCGCUGUUGUCGGGGUUCCGCUUGGGGUUUCUUGUGAGGGGAGAUCGAGGAUCCUUAGGGAUGAAUCGGAUGGAGGAAUCUCGGAAGUAACGGUGGAACGGGAUGAUCUCGGUGAUACUGAUUUGCGCAGGGGUUCAUUGGAUUCGUAUGAAUCCCCGGCUGAUUUGAUCAUUCCGAUAUCUGAUGACGGCGACCGUGGGUUUUGGUUUAGAAUUGAGCGCGAAUCGGAUGUUCAUUCCCGGAGCAUUCGAAUUCCAAAAAAUACUCACCGUGCAGUUCUUGAGUUGUGCGCGUCUUUUCAUGGCAACGAUGAGUUUUGGUACUCAAACCCACCCAAUUCAUACAUCAAAACUAACGGCUUAAGCACACGCCGAGGUAAUGGAGCUUACAGGGAAGUGUACGUGACAAUCGAUGGCGAAGUUGUAGGGUCGGAGGUUCCAUUUCCUGUCAUUUUCACAGGAGGAAUCAAUCCCCUCCUCUGGGAGCCUGUUGUUGCAAUUGGGGCUUUCAAUCUUCCUUCUUAUGACAUAGAUUUAACACCUUAUCUAGGUAAGAUUCUGGGUGGGAAAAAACAUAGGUUUGGAAUAGGUGUGACUCGGGGCAUCUCAUACUGGCUUGUCAAUGCAAAUUUACACCUGUGGUUGGAUCAUCAUUCCCAAGUAGUUCAUGCUGGACGAAUCAUUAACAAGAGUCCUGAAGUGACAAUAGAGCGCCAAGAAGAAUUUACAGGACUUGAUGGAUCGUUUGAUAUUAGUGCAGAGAGGGAAGGAAAAGUAGCAGGGUGGGUUAGAUCAAGUGCAGGAAACUUGACCACCGUUAUCUUGCAUGAGUUCAAGUUCAAGAACUACAUUAAGUUUCAAAAGAAUGGAACCUACAAGUUAGUGAAACAAAAACACAAAGCGAAGAAGAAGACGAAGUUAAUAAAUGGGCAUGGUCAAGUGGUUGGAUUAUUGAAGGUUAAGAGAAAGUAUCCUCUGCGUGUGCUAACUUGGACUAAGCCAUGUUUGCGCAAGGACAGAUAUCUACUCGUUACCAAUGUCACUCAUGCUUUGAGAGAGAGGCAAUCGGGUGCGUGCUUCUCGAGUUCGAUUAGUAACAAACAGGAUUCUUCGGGAUGGAUGAAAGUGAAGGGUCACUCUGUUGUAGCAGGGCAAGCAAUCACCCGACAAAAUUAUACUUACGCAGACAGGUUCAACUGCUAUGCUCGAAAUGUAGCGGCAGCUGAUGGCAAGUUAAUUGAAGACAGUUCCACUUUCCAAUGCGAGCAAUGAGAAUCAUUUCCAACUUCUUUUCCCAUGUCUCUGUUUUAUUUUCAGUUUGUGAUAACAUCAGUGUCAAGUCCGAAGCCCAUCCCUUUUUGUGUGUUGUUUUUGCUGUGUAAUAGCAAUUUAAUUGGGUGAAGCUGUAUAAUAUCAUUUGAUCCCA